CAUUUUUGACCUGAAAUAGAGCAGUAGAAAUGGCGUCAGUGGACAAGUAUAAUAUGAAGAAUCCAGCUGUGAAGAGAAUAUUACAGGAACUUAAAGAAAUGCAAUCUAAUCCUUCUCAUGAUUUCAUGAGCCUUCCUCUCGAGGAGAACAUAUUUGAAUGGCAAUUUGCAAUCAGGGGUCCAGGAGACUCUGAGUUUGAAGGGGGGAUUUAUCAUGGACGAAUCCAGUUGCCUGCUGAAUAUCCUUUCAAGCCUCCUUCUUUCAUGCUUUUGACUCCUAAUGGACGUUUUGAAACCCAAACCAAGAUAUGUUUGAGUAUUUCUAAUCAUCAUCCUGAGCACUGGCAACCAUCAUGGAGUGUUCGGACCGCACUGGUAGCUCUGAUCGCAUUUAUGCCUACCAGCCCAAAUGGUGCCCUUGGAUCCCUAGACUAUACGAAGGAAGAAAGGCGUGCUUUAGCUAUUAAAUCUCGUGAAACGGCUCCAAGGUAUGGGACUCCUGAGCGCCAGAAGCUGAUGGACGAGAUACAUGAAUACAUGCUAAGCAAAGCACCCCCAGUUCCUCAAGCUACUUCGUCACCAGCUCCUGAAGAACAGAAUAUUAACAGAGAGGACGAGGUCCAAGUGAGUCCAGAGAACCCUACCGACGAGGCUGCUGAAGAAAUGCGUCCUAAUCCACCUGUUGCUGACACAACUACUGAAGAGAGACGUGAAUUGGCUUUAGAUGCUGAUCCUGUACAGGCACCUAUAGAGGCCCCUGCUGUACGGCCCACUGAGCAUCGGAUAUUGCAUACACCUCAACAGAGUGUUCCGAGACAAGCUGAUGACCGUAUAUUCACAUGGGCAGCAGUUGGACUUACAAUUGCUAUACUUGCACUUCUGUUAAAGAAAUUCAUGAAAGCUAAUGGCCACGGUGCUGUCUUCAUGGAUGAAUCCUAAAUCUAUCAACAGUAAAUAUGGAGUUAACGGGGAAUAUGUUUGGCAAUUUACUCCACUUUCGGCCAGCUUAUGCAGAAAAAUGCAGUAUAUUUAUCCUUUUGCUAUUGUGACAUCAAUUAUAUAUAUUGUCCAAUGUGUAAACAUGAUUUACCAGAUAUAUUUUGAUAGUUUGUAUAGAUGAAAGAUUGUCCUUUUACUGAGAUGUGAAGGAUCAUGUGAAGAAGUUAAGAAUUAAGAUGAAACAAAGAAAUUCAGUUUAACAUUAA